AUCCGGCGUUAUUUGGUUGUUUUCACCGGAGAACGAACCGCUUUCCGGUGGGUCGCAGCUCCGGUGUUUGCUUGAAGCUAAGAAGCUAUCGAGGAAAUGACGUAAGGGGGCAAUCGGAAGUGUUCUACUGAGAGAAGAAAAGAUGGCGAACUUGGUGGAAGCGACGAGCCAGAAGGAUUUUGAGGAGUUUCUCGCCAAGGCUAGAAAAUGCCUCACCGUGGUACACUUCCACGCUGCGUGGGCCCCCCAGUGCGGCCAAAUGAACGACGUAAUGGCGGAGCUGGCCAAAGAACACACCGGCACCACGUUCGUGAAACUGGAAGCAGAGGCAGUCCCGGAGGUGUCGGAGAAGUAUGAGAUUUCCUCGGUGCCAACUUUCCUAUUUUUCAAGGCCGGGGAGAAGGUGGACCGGCUGGACGGGGCUCACGCUGCGGAGCUCACCAAGAAGGUCCAGCGGCUGGCGGUGAGCGGGAGCCCGGCUGGAGCUGCGGAGGUGCCGGACCUGAACGAGCGUCUGAAGAAGCUAAUCAAUGCGGGGCCGUGCAUGCUGUUCAUGAAGGGCUCCCCGCAGGAGCCCCGCUGCGGUUUCAGCCGGCAGAUCGUGGGGCUCCUGAAGGAGCAUAACAUCCAGUUCAGCAGCUUCGACAUCCUCUCCGAUGAGGAGGUCCGACAGGGACUGAAGACCUUCUCCAACUGGCCUACCUACCCUCAGCUGUAUGUCAACGGGGAGCUGGUGGGCGGACUGGACAUCGUGAAGGAGCUGGCCGAGUCCGGGGAGCUGGAGAACACCUGCCCGAAGGCCGUCAGCCUGGAGCAGCGCCUGAAGUCCGUCAUCAACCAGAGUCCGGUCAUGCUGUUCAUGAAGGGCAACAAGGAGGCGGCCAGAUGCGGCUUCAGCCGGCAGAUCCUGGAGAUCUUAAACGGAACCGGGGUGGAUUAUGACACCUUUGAUAUUCUGCAGGAUGAGGAGGUUCGGCAGGGGCUGAAGACCUUCUCCAACUGGCCCACGUACCCGCAGCUGUACGUGAAGGGCGAGCUGAUUGGAGGCCUGGACAUAGUCAAGGAGCUGAAGGAAAGUGGGGAGCUGGUGUCGGUUCUGAAGGGGGAGUCAUAGGUAGAUGUCCUCCACCGUCCUCCAUCCUUCAGACAGGGAACAAGAAGCAAGGGCCCCAAACAGCAGCUCCUCAGGGGCCUCGAGAGCAAAGAUCAACAAGAACUUUCAGAUUGUAGCAGUUCGGUAGAUUCUGUUUGCAGAAACAGGGAACAUGUUUGUUUCUUAAGAAAACGCAUGCAGACACUGGAGACUCUUGAAAAUACAUAUUUAAAAUGUUUAAAAAGUAGGAAUAUAUGUGGGAUAAUGGCAUAAAAUCCUGUAAUUUGGCCCCUCACAUCUUAUUCUUGGGAAGAUUCUGAUAAAAGUUGCUUUUGGUUUGAACUUUAAGGUUUUUGAGGUUCAUCAGAUCGUUCCUCUUCAUGUUUUCACAUCUUCAUCUUUGGGAAAUGUUUCAUAAACAGCUUUUCAUCCAUUUCUUUCAAUUCGUGAGACUUAAAUCCCAUUUCCUGCCUCUGUCAUUCUUCCUUGAUAAAACAAUGAUUAAAUGAUUUAAAUGAACAUAAAAAUGUUUGCUUCUGUUGUGUCUAAAGAUUACUGCACAUUUAUUAAAUGAGUCGUCCUGUUUUCCUCUUAAACCUGCUUAGUUGCAU